AAUAGGUAUCCUUAAUUAACGGCAGAGGAAUGUGGAUCUGCCCUUCGUCCCUCCACACCCCUGUGGGGGAACCAUGGAGAGGUGCUGGGGUUCCUUAACUGAGCUCUACCACCAAAUCAGCCAUUCCUGUCGGCAUCAGAGGAACGAUCAGGAUAAGGAACAAGAUCAGGAUCAGGAUAAUUUCGAAACAGAACCCACACCUCAGACAGAAGAUCAGGACACAAUGAAAGCACUAAGCCGGGAUGUGACCAGCCCCUGUCGAAAAACAACCACUCAUAUCCAGAACACUCCACUGGAUUUCAUUGAUACUGGAAAGGGACUUAAGGUGCAGACAGAGAAACCACAUCUUGUGAGUCUGGGGAGUGGAAGACUGAGUACGGCAAUCACUCUGCUGCCUCUGGAAGAAGGUAGGACAACCCUGGGCCAUGCUUCCACAGACAUAUCGCUGCAAGGUCCUGGUAUUGCUGCCGAACACUGCUAUAUUGAAAACAUCCGAGGAACACUCAUACUGUAUCCAUGCGGAAAUCCCUGUUCCAUUGAUGGGAUCCCUAUCAAGAAACCUGUCCGCUUGACCCAAGGGUGCAUGCUCUGCCUGGGUCAGUCCACCUUCUUGAGAUUUAACCACCCAGCCGAAGCUCAUUGGAUGAAAACUAUGAUUCCUUCUUCUGGGAGGAGCCCUUCAGCAGGCUCAUACUCCACAGAUUCCUCCACAUCUUUGCUGAAUGGGUCACGAGAUGGUGGAUUUCAACGCAGUGUUCAGUCACAUACUUCAUUGGUGAGCUCUAUUGAGAAAAAUCUUCAGGAUAUCAUGGACUCUUUAGUCCUAGAGGGACCCACACCUCUAGGUAGGAAACUAUCCCAGCCAACUUCUAACCAACUUUCUUCUUUGUCCAAUGGAGGAAGUCGUCGCUGCUUGCUUUCACCACCUACUAGUCCCCUUUCAUCCAGUUCUGGAUAUGAUAACGCUUUCCUUUCUCCACUUUCAUCUCCUGGUAGUAGUCUCACCAGUCCAUCUCCAGGACAGGAAGCAAAUACCCCUACAGCUCCACCUGUAGUACCACUCCGAACCUCAAGCUUUAGUCACUCCUUACCACGUCCAGUGCCAACAUAUGGAGGCAGCAAUCUGGAUUUACGUAUGUCACGUGGCACUGGAGGAGGGUCAUUAUUAAGCCCUCCUAGCCCUGGAUCAGGAAACCGGAUGGGGGGUCUAAGUGUGCCCAGCAGCCCACUCAUGAGCAGCAAGUUUCAUCAUCAAAUCGCAGACCGACCUUCUAGUCCUUUUAGACAGACUGUAGGGCCAGCAAGGAGUCUGCCUCCUGAAAGUCCCAGGCUUGGUCGCAGAAAUAUGGAAAGUAUGAGGGAGUUGCCUCCACCAAGCCCCUCGUUGUCACGAAGAGGGGUUAUAAUUUCCUCCAAACCUGUCCCAGACAGCCCCACUCGAGUGCCUGACAGCCCACGUACUAUUGGCCGUCGAAGGAUUGGUAGCGCCAGCUCUCCUGGCUCUGAUGAUACUUUGUCAAGGCAAGUCAGAGAACGUAGCCCAUCACCCUCUGCUUUCCAAGAACCACCACGCCGGCUGACCCCAGCCUACAGCAUGGGGUCUUUAGGUACGCCAUCACAGAGCCCACAAACACUAAGGAAGGGGUUGGCCCCAAGAGAGCGCAAAAAUAGCAUAACUGAGAUAAGUGACAACCAAGAAGAAUUGUUAGACUAUCACCGGAGACAACGGGAGGAGCGAUUAAGAGAGCAGGAGAUGGAGAAACUGGAGCGUCAGAGGUUGGAGACCAUCUUGAAUCUGUGUGCAGAGUACAGCAAGACGGAUGAUACAGUUUCCACCCCACGCUUAGAUGAACUGAGGGCCUUUCCCUCUCUGGGGAGUGCAGAGCAACCCUCGGCAUCCCUCGGAAGCCGAAGACCAUCUUGGGAGAACAGCAGGAGCCCGACUCGGGAGAACACUAAGAACCGAAUGAGAGCGCGGGGAGAGCAGAACGAAGAAGAAACCCAGAAAGAAGAAAACAGCAGCACUGAGAGUACUCAGCAUGAGCAGGAGGAUGCUGGUCAGGUCGAUGCUGGGGAUGUAUUCACCAUCGAAGAGCAGCGCAGACAGACGCUGAGUCGUGUUGAUCAGCUGAAGAACAGAGUGACAGAACUGGAGGGACAGCUGCAGGAGAGUACACGAGAGGCUGAAAUGGAACGUGCUCUCCUGCAGGGAGAGCGAGAGGCUGAGCUCUCCCAGCUGCAGCAGGAGCAGAGGAUGGUUCAGCAGCUGCAGGACAGUCUGACCACUCUCGAGAAUGACAUCCACAAGGAAAAAGAAAAGGCACGGGAGAAAUUGGAGCAGCAGAGGAUGGAAAUGCAGAGUGUUCAGCUUUCUCACCGCGACCUGCAGAGGCAGCUCCAUAACUGCCCCGAGGCUCUGCGGGAGCAGGUGCAGUGCCAGCUCACACGGGAAACUGAGCUCCUGGAGUCCCAAAUGAAAUUAUUUGAAGAUCUGGAGUUUCAGCAGCUGGAGAAGGAGAGUCGUUUGGAAGAAGAAAGAGAGACCACAAGUCAACAACUACUGCAGAGCAAGGGAGAUUGCCAAAGGAGCAUUGCUCGCAGGAAGGAACGUCUGGCUGCAUUAGAGCAACAGGCCAAUCAGAUCCGUCUUCAAGCUGUGCAGGAUACAGACCAUCUUGCACAGGAAAGAAGUGCCACAUUGAUGCAACUACACAAGGAAAAGGAGAGGCUGGUUCAACUGGAGCGACGUUAUCAAGCUCUGACCGGGCGCCGGGGAUUCUCCUCUGGAUCUGUGGCUCUCAGAGAGGAAUACCUGUGCCUCUCUGAUGUACUCCGCUUGUACAGCUGCUCACCUCUAGUUCCUGCUCUCCCCUCCCUACCUUCCGCAGGUCUAACUUCUGACUCCGAGUAUAUCACUUUAGAUCAGCUCCAUGACAUUAUGGGGAACAUGCCCGCUGGCCCCGUAUCCGCCAGUCAAAGUGUGGGUUCCACCUCUUGUGCUGCUUCUUCAGAGGACCCUCUUCCUGUUCAUCUCUCUUCUGCAUCUUCCUCCUCUUCUCCCUCCACCUCCUUGGAGGUCGACCCUCAACCUUCUGAGGGUCUCUCUGUAGUACCCAAUCCAGAUUUGGAAACCUGGUAUCAGGAAACUGUGUCUGCCCCCUCUUCCACUUCCUCACCUCCUUCCUCUCCACCUCCUCUCCCUGCCAAAGCUCACUCAUCCCGUAAGACCCUACAGAUGUCACGAUCCCGGACUGAUAUUGAAGGUGGAGGCACCCUGCCACGAAUGAAGACAUUGUCCCCUGCCUCUUCUCACUUCUCAGUUGCCACGCUCGGUAGAAGUGUGUCCCCAAAGAAUGCAACUCUGACACAGAAUGGAGCCAGCAGCCUUUCCCGUGGCCUAGCGGUUACCCUACAGGACAUCCAGAGCAAAAGGCAGCUUGCACUGCAGCAAAAAGCAGACGAUCUGAAUACAGAAGAGUCUCUUCCACCUGAAAUUACAGGACAACAAGUGAUUGAGGAGCAGCGGAGGCGUCUUGCAGAGCUGAAGCAACGUGCUGCAGUGGAAGCUCAGUCUCAGUGGGACUCUCUUCACUCAAUCCCCCAUCAAGGCUAUCCACCAAUCAUGCAUCACUCAAUCCUUCACCACCAGAGGAACCUGCAUUCACGAGAUGACGACCCCACACAUGGCUAUGACACCCUCAGUCUGGAGAGCUCAGACAGUCUGGACACAAGUGUGUCCACUGGAAACUCUGCGUGUUCCCCCGAUAACAUGUCAAGUGCUAGUGGUUUGGACAUGCUGAAGAUUGAAGAGAUGGAAAGAAUGCUUCUGGAAGCACAUGCAGAGCGAGCUAGACUUGUAGAGUCCAGGGAGCGUGAGGUGGAGGUACGCCGGAAAGCGCUGGAGGAUGAGAGAAGGAGGAGAGAAGAACUGGAGAGACGUUUGCAGGACGAAACGGCUCACCGGCAGAGAUUGGUGGAGAAAGAAGUUAAGAUGAGAGAGAAGAAUUUCUCACAGGCACGUCCUCUUACCCGCUACCUCCCAAUCAGGAAGGAAGAUUUUGACCUCCGUUCUCAUAUUGAGUCUUCGGGUCAUUCAGUGGACGCAUGUCCUCACAUCAUUUUGAGUGAAAAGAUGUGUCGUGGCUUUCUAACAAAGAUGGGUGGUAAAAUCAAAUCUUGGAAGAAACGCUGGUUUGUCUUUGAUCGGCUCAAACGAACUUUGUCCUACUAUGUGGAUAAACAUGAGGCAAAGCUGAAAGGUGUUAUAUAUUUCCAAGCAAUAGAGGAAGUAUACUAUGACCACCUGAGGAGUGCAGCAAAGAAAGGAAUUUUUAAUCUCAGCCUGGCGUCUCAGAUAUCCGAUUUUCUCUCUGUGCCUUUAUGGAAGGAGAGCCCUAACCCAGCAUUGACCUUCUGCGUCAAAACUCACGAUCGACUCUACUACAUGGUUGCUCCUUCGCCCGAAGCGAUGAGGAUCUGGAUGGAUGUCAUUGUAACUGGUGCUGAGGGCUACACCCAAUUUAUGAACUGAUGCAGGUGUACCUGUAUCCCUAAAGUGAGAUUCUCCUCACCCACGUAUUCUCUUGCUCCUCAGGAACCUCAGGAAGAUAGAGAAAAUGAAAACAUAUGUUUUUUUCAGUGUUAGGAGUAUAAAUCUAUGAUGACUUGCAGAGUAGCCCGAUUCAAAGUUACGGGCCCAGCUGCCAUUGAUAAAAACUCUUAAAUAAUUAACCUGCAGGCUUUGAGCUGGUAACUAAGCCGUACUGUAUGGUUUACACGAACAGGCACAGGUAAACGUGUAUUGUUAUCCAUUUUAAGGAUUUAGAGUAUUAAAUAUAUUUGUGUUUUUUUUUUUUUUUUUUUAAACCUUUUAUUUGCUUUACUGUAACGUUUUUUUUUGUUCCUGACAUACUAUAUAUUGUUUCUUUUUUUUAUUACGACGAGCUGGCCACGUGCAAAGCCAUCCUGGCUACAGAAACUGUUAUAAGUAUAUAUAUAUUAUAUUUGUUGUUUAUUUUAAUUCAGAUAUUACUGCCUUACUGUGCCCUCUUUCAUGCAGUCUCAGUGGCAGUAGUGUGGAUACAGCCAUGUUACCCCGUCUGCAUGGAGGCACACUAGUUGUGUUAACCAGAAUACCACCUGUGCCUUUAUAUUUUAUUAUGUUGGAAAUAAAAUGCUUUCCCCUCUCUUUGUUUGUAUAUCCAAAACCAGUGUUUGUUGUCCCGUGUGAAAUUGUGAAAAUAUCAUUACUGAGUUUUUAUGGAUGUUCAGAUGAAAGAAUAUAUGCAUAAGCUAGAAUGAAAUGAAAAUGCACAAAUUAUACAUAUCAGAUUUUCAAUAUGUAUAAAAAACAGGCCAGUCGGAAACGUAUGUGUUAGAAUUGCUAGAAAUGGUGAACGUGCUUGGACUGUGUCUCCUGUGUACCAAACAUCCCUUGCAUAUUUCUUCAAAUACAUAUUGUAUGUACAUAUACUAUCAAAAA